ACAGAGCCCAGACGCAGCCCGAAUCCCGCGGAGCCCCGGUGUGUGAGAGCGCACGAUGCCGGUGGAGUUCGUGUGUAAGAUUAAGUUCUCUGAGGAGGAGGAGAAGCGGAGCGGCCGGGCGGACGGCGGAGAGCGCGCGAGCCUGCUGGAGGAGAGCUGCCGCGCGCCGGUGAAGGACCUGGCCGGCUUCGCGAGCUCGUGCUCCUUGCACGGGAUGAGGCAGGUGUUCGGCGGCGGCGGCGGCGGCUCCGGUAACGGGGGAGGGGGAGGCUGCGCGAGGCGCGCGCUCUGGGCCGUGGCGCUCGUGGCGUCGCUCGCGCUCUUCCUGCACCAGGCCUCCCAGUGCGCCGUGUCCUAUCUCCAGCGGGCGCACGUGACGGCGCUGCGCGAGGAGGCCGCGCGCGAGCUGCUCUUCCCCGCCGUGACCAUCUGCAACACCAACCGCUUCCGCUUCUCCGCGCUCACCGACGCGGACAUCUAUCACCUGGCCAACCUGACCGGCCUCCCGCCCAAAAACCCCGAGGGACACCGCGCCGCCGACCUGCAGUACCCCGCGCCCGACAUGCAGGACAUCUUCAACCGCACCGGACACCAGCUGGAGGACAUGCUGAAGAGCUGCAACUUCAGCGGACACAACUGCUCCGCGCGCGACUUCUCCGUGGUCUACACGAGAUAUGGAAAAUGCUAUACAUUUAAUGGAAAUAAAACAACUUCCAAAAAGUCAAAGCAGGGAGGCAUGGGGAAUGGUCUGGAGAUCAUGCUGGACAUCGAGCAGGAUGAGUAUCUGCCCAUCUGGAGAGAAACAAAUGAGACAUCUUUAGAAGCAGGGAUCCGUGUUCAGAUUCACAGUCAGGACGAGCCACCGUACAUCCACCAACUUGGCUUUGGAGUCUCCCCGGGUUUCCAGACCUUUGUGUCUUGUCAGGAGCAGAGGUUGACGUAUCUGCCCCAGCCAUGGGGAAACUGUCGGUCUUCGGCUGAUCGGUCCUCUAUCCCAGGCUAUGACUCGUACAGUAUCAGUGCUUGUCAUUUACACUGUGAAACGCAACUUGUUCUGCAGGAGUGUCAGUGCCGCAUGGUGCACAUGCCUGGAACUACAGAGAUAUGCUCCCCUGAAAAACUCAAGUGUGUGGACAAAGCAUUGGAUCUGUUGCAGAAGAGUUCAGGCGAGUUCUCAUGUGCUUGUGAGACUCCAUGUAAUCUCACACGCUACGGUAAAGAGCUUUCUAUGGUGAAGAUUCCCAGUAAAGGCUCAGCGAGAUACCUGUCCAGAAAAUACCACAAAUCAGAAGAUUACAUUAGAGAAAACUUCCUCAUUCUGGACAUUUUCUUUGAAGCGUUGAACUACGAGACGAUCGAGCAGAAGAAGGCCUACGAUGUUGCAGGGUUAUUAGGUGAUAUCGGAGGACAGAUGGGUCUCUUUAUUGGAGCGAGCAUCCUCACCAUCCUUGAGAUUCUCGACUAUAUUUAUGAGGUGGUUAAGUUCAGGUUACAGCGUGCAUUGAGGCCACAGAAAGAAGAAAAACAACCACGACAACAAUCCAGCACUGUUGCUACAGUCAACCUGCAGGACACAAAGACAAGGGAUGUCAGUGAGCACAUGGAGAGAAAUACUGAGGGGGCGACAUUCACCAAAACCUUCCUCCCAAACCACCACCAUCAUCUUCAUCAUCAUCAUCACCUUCGUCAUCAAAACGAGGACUUCGCCUGCUGACCAACACUACGGACCGUCUCUGUGUUAGUCUCUGUCUCUGUGUCUUGCUCUCUCUGUCUCUCUGUCUCUCUGUCUCUCUCUCUCUCUCUGUCUCUCGGAUCCACCAGUGAAAGCUCCAGCCAAAGCUCAACUCCUAAACCUGUGCUUGGGACAGACAGAGGGUGUGUGUGUGUGUGUGUGUGUGUGUUAAUGAUCUGAGUGCUGGAUGAGAUGGAGUGCGGGAACAUCAGGACUUUAAUCAGAGCCAUCUCCAGCUGCGCUCCUUCUCCUCUGUUUUCUCUCUGAGUCUGAGCCAUCCUGUAACCCCUCCCCCUUAUCCCCCCCCCACCCAGUCACUGGGACACGAUUCGGUCAAUGCGGGACAAGAGCGUCUUCUUGCUAUAUAACCGAGCGAGUGUUUAUCAGAGCAGUAGCGUAUAUUUGUCUCUCUAGGAGACACA